GGUUCCGGUUUCACCUCCCUGCUGAUGGAGCGUCUGUCCGUCGACUACGGCAAGAAGUCCAAGCUGGAGUUCUCCAUCUACCCAGCUCCCCAGGUGUCCACGGCUGUGGUGGAGCCCUACAACUCCAUCCUGACCACCCACACCACCCUGGAGCACUCUGACUGUGCCUUCAUGGUAGACAACGAGGCCAUCUACGACAUCUGCCGCAGGAACCUCGACAUCGAGCGUCCCACUUACACCAACCUGAAC